AUGCUGGUACCAUCACAGAUUCGGCACCAGGGCAAGGAAUUGCUCGGCACCCUGCAAAUACAGCUCCAAAACCAAGUCGGAAAACUAAACAGCCGGCGGGUAGGAGCGGCAGAACCCCCCGGCAAAAACAUACGAAGCCGCCUUUUCUACGUAUGGGACCGACGGAACCACAUAAAGUUUUUAGUGGACACAGGAGCAGCAAUCAGCGUGAUACCCCCCAAAGAACAGCAAGACCGAAAGGCGACCCCGUAUAAACUCCAGGCAGCAAACGGCUCGACGAUCGAGACAUAUGGAGCCAAGACACUGACUCUUAACAUCGGUAUGCGGCGCGAUUUUACCUGGACUUUCACCCAGGCAGACGUAAAAACGCCAAUACUCGGGGCAGAUUUCCUGGCCCAUUAUGAUCUAGCCGUGCACAUGAAUACGAGGACUUUAUCAGACAAUACCACGAACAUUGCUGUUAAAGGCACCCUCUCUCGACACAACACCACUGGAAUCAGUGUGACAACUUGCCACGGACGAAAGUACAUCGAGAUCCUAAACAGAUACCCGGACCUUAUUCAACAACUCGCAGGUACCGGUCCGGCAAAACACCAAACACAGCACCAUAUAAAGACCAGUGGACAGCCAACAUUUUCCCACCCACGACGACUUCCUCCUCAUAAGCUGGAAUAA